UAACAAAGAACGAGACAAAGCAAAUGCAAUCGCAAUUCGCAAUCAGUUUACUGUUGUGUUGAUUAUUCUAAAAGUACAACAAUCAAUGGCAUCCCAGCAGGAACAACCGAGGACUCUGUGCGGUGGAAUUCGACCAGCAGAUGAUCUGGACGCCCCAGAACAUCACGAAUAUGUAAAGGCUGCUCUGGCAAAAACGGUCGGUUGCGAUCCGGAUCACUCGGAACGGUCCUACAAAAUCGUAAGUGCCAAACGACAAACGGUUGCAGGAACUAAGUAUACGCUGGUUAUAACUUUCGAUGACGAUGUGGCACAACAACAGUUUUCUGUGGUUGCCUGGAGCCGUCCGUGGCUAACCGACCCGGAAGAAGCACUCAAGAUUACUUUUGGCAAGAAGGAAUAGAAUAGGUAAAAUCAAUCAGAUGUGAUAUUUAAUGUUUGGAAUUAAACUAUUACCUUAUUCGGA